AUGGCGUCGGAUAUAGAUUCAGUUGUCACUGUGACCGAUUCAGAUGAUGACGAUGAUUUGGAGAUUGUUUCUGUCCAGCCAAAGUCAUCUGCUGAUUCACCCAAGAAAUCGCGACGAGACGAGCAAGAACCUAUAAAUAGCCAUAAAAAACGCCGCUUACAUGAACGAGACGAAUCUCCCGAUCCCUCCUCUUCCUCCUCCUCCAGUAUCCUCGACGACGAAUUCAACGACGGCGAAGCCGCAUACCAACAAUUCAAGAACCGGAAAAGCAUCCAACGCAAACGCGCCUCUCUAAAUGCGCAUCGAGCACGAAAAGGAAAGGGAAAAGAACGAGAAAGCGAUGUCAACCCAGGUCGGAAAAGGAGAUCAGUGCCUGCUCGCGACGCGCUGGUCGGUCGACUCCCCGUAGAGUCAGCGUCAGCAGCAGCACGAAAGUCCAAAUGGCCUACGCGAGAUUUCACAGAAGACCCUGUUUCGUCCGAAGACGAUUUGAUGGAACAUACACUACCAGACUUCUUACAACAGCGCCGUUCCCAAUUCGAUGCGCGCAUGAACCGUCUCAAAGAAGCCGGGUUACGACUACCGCCAAACUUUGACGAUGUCGACUUCUCGGAUGACGAAAACCUGGAAUUCUUAAAGGAGAAGCCUGCGUUUAGGGAUAUCACGCCCCCGAAACCUUACGAGGAUGUUCCAUUACCGUUUUCUCUGGGUCUGAUUCCCGCGCCUAUUGCGCAGUGGUUGAGGGAUUAUCAGGUUGAAGGGGCUGCGUUUAUGCAUGAAUUGUUCGUUUAUCAGAAAGGUGGGAUAUUGGGCGAUGAUAUGGGUCUGGGUAAAACGGUGCAGGUCAUUGCUUUUCUUACUGCUGCGUACGGCAAAACGGCAGAUGAGCGAGACAUGAAAAGGAUGAGGAAGUUGAGGCGGAGCGGGGACGAUGUUUGGUACCCGCGCACACUGAUUGUUUGCCCCGGCACGUUGAUUGAGAACUGGAAAUCUGAAUUACAGCGCUGGGGGUGGUGGGCUGUUGGAGUGUUUCAUGGUGACCGAAAGGAAGAAGCGCUGCAAGCUGCUAAGGCUGGCAGGUUGGAGAUUUUGAUUACGACGUAUGUGACGUAUCGCAUGAAUAAGGAUGCUAUCAAUAUGGUGGAAUGGGACUGCAUCGUUGCCGAUGAAUGCCACCAGAUCAAGGAGCGCAAGUCGGAGACAACUAUAGCGAUGAACGAGAUUAAUGCUCUCUGUCGGAUUGGGCUUACGGGCACAGCUAUUCAGAACAAAUAUGAGGAAUUGUGGACGUUGUUGAAUUGGACGAAUCCCGGGAAGCUGGGCCCGGUAACUGCGUGGAAGAGAGCUGUGGCGGAUCCUUUGAAGAUUGGUCAGUCUCAUGAUGCUACUCUGUAUCAGCUGAGCAAAGCGCGCAAGACAGCCAAGAAACUCGUGCAGAAUUUGCUCCCGGAAUUCUUCCUUCGGCGCAUGAAGACGUUGAUUGCGGAUCAACUACCAAAAAAGAGCGAUAGGGUAGUUUUCUGUCCUUUGACAGACACGCAAGCAGAUGCAUAUGAAAACUUCUUGAACAGCGAUGCAGUGGUGUAUAUCAAGAACGCAUCAGAAAUGUGUGACUGUGGUUCAGGGAAGAAAUCCGGUUGGUGCUGCAAUAGAUUCCUACCGUCUGGCCAGAAAUGGCAAAACUACGUGUUUCCAGCUAUACAAAAUCUGCAAAAACUCAGCAAUCACCUCGCAAUCCUCAUACCACAGGGACAGGACCCGCGGGAAAAGCAAGACAAAGACUUGGAAAUGCUACAGCUUGCAGUCCCAGAUCAAUGGCGCGAGCUCUAUCAAACCCGGGAUUCGAUCAUCAACUAUGCCAAUCCGGAAUUCUGUGGAAAGUGGAAAGUCCUUCGAAAGCUCCUCAAAUGGUGGCAUGCCAACGGUGACAAAGUCCUGGUGUUUUCGCAUAGUGUUCGACUGUUGAAAAUGCUUCAGAUGCUUUUCAAUCACACUAGUUAUAACGUCAGUUAUCUGGAUGGCGCCAUGUCUUACGAAGAUCGAGCGAAAGCUGUCGAUGAUUUCAACUCGGAUCCUCAGCAAUUCGUAUUUUUGAUCUCGACACGCGCAGGAGGUGUUGGGUUGAAUAUUGUGUCUGCGAAUAAAGUCGUUGUGGUCGAUCCGAACUGGAACCCCUCUCAUGACUUGCAGGCGCAGGAUCGGGCGUAUCGAAUCGGACAACACAGAGAUGUCGAAGUAUUCCGACUCAUUUCUGCAGGUACCAUUGAAGAGAUUGUCUAUGCUCGUCAGAUUUACAAACAACAGCAAGCCAAUAUCGGAUACAAUGCCAGCACUGAGCGAAGGUACUUCAAAGGAGUGCAGGAGAAGAAGGAUCAAAAGGGCGAGAUCUUUGGUCUUUCCAAUCUGUUUGAGUAUCAGAACAACAAUAUCGUUCUGAGAGAUAUCGUGAACAAGACCAAUAUUGCCGAGAGCAAGGCAGGCGUGCAAGUCGUCGGCGUUGAACUCGAGCAGGACGGGGAUGUAGAUAUCCCUGACAAUGCCUCGGUCAAAUCUGGCAGUGCUGGUGAUGACGACGAUAAUGAGACCAUUAGCCAGAUAGCAGCCUUGAUACGUGGUGACACGCCAUCAACAACGACUCCAGCUUCUUCGUCAAUUCAAGGCAACAAGAAACACGACCCCGUACAAGCCAUCCUGGCAGGCGCCGGCGUCGAAUACAGCCAUCUCAACAACGAAGUCAUCGGCUCUUCCAAAGUCGAAGAACGUCUCAGCCGUCGCGCCGAACAACACAACGACCCAUUACAGGGCGACAUGCACGUUUUUGAUUCGUCCUCUCAACCCAACAAUCGCCUCAAAAACAGCACCAGCAAUUUAAGCAACUACGAAAACUUCAAAAUUCGCACCAUAGACGGUAGCAAAACAAUUAAAUUCAAAUUCCAUCCUCCGCAGGACGUACGCAAACGCCAGUUUUGCAGUAUGGCGCAGAAAUUCGGGUUUCCGAAUGCGACUGAGUUUGCGCUUGUGGUGGAAGGGAUGACGCAGGCGCAGAGACGGGCUUGUCUCGAGAGGUGGUAUAAAGAUAGAAGGGAGAUGCUUUUAAAGCAGGAGGAGAGGGAGGUCAAAAUUGAGGGGGGUGAGUCUGACGAGGUGAUCAAGGCUGAGGAGGGUCCAGACUGA